AAAUGAUGCCAAAACGUAUGCAAACUUAUCUAUUCUGCUCAGCUCUGAAGACCUUAUUCGUUAGUCCCUUUGUCUGAAGGAAGGGGCUACGUAUUUGCUAUAAGUUUCCAUGGCUACGCCACUGUCUAUUAGUGUAUGUCAUUAAGAAUGAUUUGUAGCUCCUCCUGUGUUCAUCAAACAGUAAGCCGAGAGUCGAGUUGCCAUGGCACGAGUUGCGUUAUCGAGCUGCAGUUUGUCACAAAGUCACGUGCUUCUACCAACCAAUGGAGGUUUUCGAAAUACAAUACAUUAGAAAUCGAUAUCACAAGUGAAUGUUAACUAAGUACUCUUACAUUGUAAUUCUUGGAAUAUAAAACAGUUAUGUUUCAAAUUACAUGAAUUGAUCACUAUUUACUCAAGGGAAUGUUGCUAUCACAAAUACUGAGUCAAACCUAAUGAGCUCCGUUUAAUGCAUUACAUGGAAUUUGGCAGAAAAGCUAUUAUACCACUACUUGGAAUACUUUACUUUAAUAUGAGAAUUGGUAAGACUGUCGAUAAUACAGUGGAAAGCGCUAUUUCAUUCAAGUUGGCAAUACAAUGAACAAACAUUGAUUAAUACCGACACAAGAUGAACUGCAACGUUACGAAAUAAUUCCAACUUGACUAGUUGAUACGCAUAUAAACCAGUAGCAUCCAAACGAUUUCAUUUUAGUGCAACAUUCAACCUGGAAGCAGUCCGACUUAAAUCGUGUUCGACUGAAACUAUGGAAGAGCAGGAACAAGAUCCGGGUUUUGGGUUUGGCCUAUUUGCUGAUUAUCCCGAAGAUGAGCUUGAUCCAUUGCAAAUUGAUGUGUUUGAAACCGAAGACGAGGAAAAGCGGAAACUGCCUUCAACGAAUAUUUAUCGCCCGGUGACGGAAGGUACCCAGUUGCAUCGCGCCAUUCGGAAGGGUGAUCAAACACUGAUUGACAAAUACCUGGCCACCUAUCAGGAAGGUUUCGAUAAGAUAAGGAAUUAUUUGCAGGAGAAGUAUCAGUGGAACGGCGAAGACAGGAUAUGGUUGCGGAGGUACAACCUGAUUGCGGUGGGUGAGGAGCAGUGUAAUGCAUGUAAGGAGUUGGAGAAGAGCUGCGCAAGGGACGGCAAUUUGGAAAAGGCCGUUUUCAUACUUCUGACUGUUCCUGUCGAUGGUGAAGAAGUGGCUGUAAUACAUCCCGACAGUAGUAAUCGUCUUAAAGUAUGUAAAAUAGUGCGAACACUGCUUCCAAAUGGAUUUCUGUCGUGGAACUAUACUGGAUCUCACGAAAAAUCCUAUCAGAAAAAAGAAACGUUUAUAGAAUUAGCAGCAUCAAUCGGAAGGAACGACAUAAUUACUCGAUUGUAUGAGCAAGGAGCAGAGCUUAGUAUUCCAAACCAUUGUCCGUUGAUGGCGGCAUGCUCGACACUUCGGAAAGACACGAUCUGCUGGUUGCUUACUGAGCAUUUCGACCAUUUCGACUGCACUCAGCGGAACUCGAAUCAAAUGAAUGCAUUUUUAACCCUCAUGUCAAAACAAGACGUUGAGUUGUUAGAUUAUGUGUUGCUGAAAAUGAUAAGUUACCGACAAAAGUAUUAUCACGAAGACAAAGCGGAAGCAUUCAAGAAAAUAUUCCACUAUGAAAACACGGAGCUUAGUAGUUUGUCAAGCUUGAUUCAUUUAAGAAAAGGUCCAAUGCGGGAAAAAAUCGCCGAAUAUAUCUCGCACUACAAGUUGGAUUUGUCGUAUCAAUGGGAAAACGUUACAAUCCUCAUUUGUUUAAUGUGCAGAAAUAUUGCCGUUGAUUACUGCUGGUCAGAAAUUCGUAAAAAUCCGAAGCUGUUGGGCAUGGUAUCCUACGGUGAAACCACAGUCCUUCACGAGUUUAUUCAUUCGGGAAAGUUGGAUAAUUUGCCGGAAAUCUAUCAUGAUCAUCCAGAAGUGAAGCAGUUCUUCGAAACCAAACGUGGAUUCAAUUUGUUGAAGGAGAUGCUUUACUCUAAACGACUUGAGUCUGUUGUGUUCAUCAUGGAGCACCAUGCAGAGUAUCUGCUGAGUAACUUGGAUACCCUAAAAGAAAACUUACUGUGGAGUAAUGAUAAGGAUUUCUAUGAAGAGAACGGCGACGUAAUUUUGAAAUAUUUUCCUAUGCUGGCCGAAGAGAUCGAAGCAGCACGAAAUAAAGAUCCAGAUCUUUAUCCAGGUUAUGACCUAAUAUUGGCAUUCCACAAAUUCCAAUUAGAAUUCGACGAAUCUUCAAUCAAAUCUAAAGUCGAAACACCUUCACUAAGCGCCAUUCGAGGUACGAAAGGUCUUUCCCUACUUCAUUACGCUGUAGACAAAGACAACACAAGCUGGUUUACCCAACUGUUGGAAUCGGGCUGUGACAUCGAUGCAACGGAUGACGAAGGCAAUCUACCAAUCCACUACGUUCGAAGCCUGAAAAUGUUUAACCUCAUCAUUGAAAACCAUCCUGAAGGAGUAUCUUUGGUACAUCGAACGAACGCCGAAGGUUAUACAGUACUCCAUAAGGUCUGCUCUUUAUAUAUGGAACGAAAACCUUUGUGUGAACUGUUAGAAAGAGUUAUCGAAUGCGGUGCGAAUGUGCACGCACUAACGAACCACAAUGAAUCUGCCGUCUUCAUGAUAGGAAAUUGUGACGCAUUGAGCGUACUUAGAAAGCACAACAUUGAUCUUGAGGUUGUUAAUGAUGACGGUGAUAACGCAUUGGACUGUCAUUUGCGCAACAGGAAUGUGUGCAUGGGUAAUGCACUUUUGCCAUUGAUGAACACGAAACCGUCCUUCAAAGAUCACGCUCAUAAAUAUUUGAGCUGCUUUUUGGUCUCAAAUCGAGAUUUCUUCAGUUGUGAUUAUCAGCCCUUCCUGGAGAACAACCCAGAAACCACCAAGAUCAUAUUUGAUUCCGUUUUCGAGCAUUCGCGAGAGGAAGCUUCUCGUCUUUUCAAUAGAGCAUGUUGCAGUGCACAUAUUUUUAUAGCUGAAAAGUUUCUAGAGUUCGACUAUGACUUGGAUUAUGAUUAUAAGGGAGACUGUGAUUACACGCCAAUCAUCGGGUUGUGUAGCUACAUGGAACGACCGAACAUCCACUUGAUGCGCCAAUUGCUGAAGAAAGGAGUAGAUCUGGAUUGUCGCAACGAAUGGGGAUGCAAUGCUCUGUUGAUGCUGACCGACAGAAUGAGGUCGGCUAGAUGGUACGGUCAUGAUGUUGGUUCGGUACAGCUACUGUUGGACCACGGAGCACAAAUUAAUGGCACAGACAGUGAUGGGAAUACCGCCCUGCAUUAUGCUUUCAAAAAUAACGAUUGGGAGUUGGUCGAAAUGUUGGUUGAAAACGGAGCGGACCUUCUGAUAAGGAAUAAGGAGGGUAAAAUUCCGCUGGAAAAUGCUUCGUAUAUGAACCGAGAACUCUUCAAAUUUAUGAAAUAAACUAAAAUUGUCUGUGAUACUGAGCCUUGACAUCAGUUUUAAUUUAUAGCCAAACAUCAUGAUUAUUGUUUACUUUCAAAUUUAAAGAAACUAUUUAAAGCUAUUAUAACAU